GCGACGGACCAGCUGGUGACUACAGAAACAGCGCUUGCCCUUAAGCUCUGCAUGUACAAGAAUUGUCCUUGUCUUUCAUUGCGAUUAAUAUUUAACGAUACGGAUUCAACACCUUCACAAUGUCGCUUGCGGCGGAGGCUUUCGUGUCGCAGAUGGCAGCUGCUGAGCCAUGGCCUGAAACUGCAACCUUAUACCAACCGCUGAAGGAGGAUCAGAUUCUACUUUCAGACUGCGCCUCAACUCUUGCUGUUCAGGCCUACCUCAGGAUGUGCGGUCUGCCCGUACAUGUGGUCUGCAAAGCAAAUGCUGAAUACAUGUCACCUUCUGGUAAGAUUCCUUUCAUCCAUGUCGGGAACCAAGUGGUGUCAGAACUGGGACCCAUUGUGCAAUUCACCAAAGCUAAGGGUCAUUCUCUGAGCGACGGCCUAGAUGAUGUACAGCGAGCUGAAAUGAAAGCUUACAUGGAGCUGGUCAACAACAUGCUGCUUACUGCUGAGUUGUACAUCCAGUGGUGUGACGACGCUACAGCUGCUGAGAUCUCCCGUCCGAGGUACAGCAGUCCGUACUCGUGGCCGCUCUGCAAAUUCCUCUCCUAUCAGAAGCAGUGGGAGGUCCGCAGGAAGAUGAACGCCAUCGGCUGGGGAGGGAAAACCUUGGAGCAGGUUUAUGAAGAUGUGAGUCAGUGCUGCCAGGCUCUCUCCCAACGGCUGGGAACACAACCGUAUUUCUUUAAUAAACAGCCUACAGAGCUGGAUGCAUUAGUAUUUGGUCACCUCUUCACGAUCCUGACCACCAGACUGACCAGCACCGAGCUAGCAGAGAGGAUCAAGAGCUAUAGCAACCUACUGUCCUUUUGCAGACGCAUUGAACAGACCUACUUUGAAGACAAGAGCUCAUGAAGAGAAAAAAACCCUCUCUGUCACUUUCUGUACAUUCUGCUCCCCCCCCCCCCCCCCCCCCCAUUCCUUCUCUGUAGCACUGAGAAGCCAAAAUUUGUUUAUAUUCACACAUCUGUCCCUUUGUGAUUCUUGCGGUCCUCUUCCCCUCUUUCCCUUUGUGCUUGUUAAUUGUUGCAUGCUGCUGAUAGGAGUCAAGUAGGGACAGUAUUUUAAAAAGAUAGUAGGAUGUGUCCACCACGCUUGAUUAAAUACACCAGGGCAGAAGUUCAGUACCUUAUCCGUAUACCCAUCCAAAAAGACUUUCUUGAGUUAAAUGGACUAGAAAAGAAAAAGCGAAUUUGCUAGUAGGUCAGAACUGUUAUUACUGAACUGACAGCCAUCAUACAAGUUUUCAACAGACCAUGGAGCCUUUACCUUUCCAGAAUUAUGGGAAUUGAAUGGAAAUGUAUAUGAUAAGUAAAUAAGUAAUGCAACUCUGACCGGUAAUUGACGGUCAGAUUUAAAGGCAUUUCAGCAGGGUGGAAGUUAAGAAGUUAUUUAUAUGCUGUUAUUUUUCUGUUUGCAAUACAUUACAGAGGAUUUCUGUUUACUCUGACUUGCAUCAUGGUGCAUGUUCUAAAACCCACACACUCUCAGGGUGGGUAUGGAUUUUCUCCGCUGUGUGACAUUGCUGCCUUUCAGAAGGCAGGACUCCAUUUGAACCAGGCUUGAAGAAAAAUGGCACACUUUUUAUGUCUUUAUGCUUUCAGGAACUCCAUAAGCUUGUAAGAAAUCUUCGGUAGGUGUCGGCUAGACUUGUAAAAAAAAAAAAAAGAAAAAUCAAUGAAUAUUGACUAAAGAGGAUGUGACUUAUUCCUUAGUUUUUCCACCAUUGUUUUCUUUGUGUGAAUUAAAAGUGCCUACAAAAUAAAACUCAUCAAAUGAAAACUA